AUGAAGACCCUAACAUGCUGGCUGAUGCUAGCAGCCGUUGCCAUUCCUCUUCAUUCAAUCACUCUCACCGUCACCGCCUCCACAAUUGUCCACAACCAGCAGCAACCCCUCAUGACCAACGUCCAUAUGGAAGAGACUAAAGCACACCAGACUGUUAUGGGAGCUGAGGAGGACGACUCGUACCUUGACGAUGCAACUUAUGCAAAGUAUGCUGGUCGAUACGUCCACAUUGACACAACCUGGCAGGUGCUAGGACCGUUCCCGACAGGAAUGCGUGAACAAGAUUUCGGCGCCGAUCCCCUGGAGGCAUUUGGAGGGUUCAGACAAUUGGAGUACGAUGCCAAGGCAAAGUUCCCGUCAGAGCUGGCGCCAGAUGGUGUUGUGGGCUGGCACACAACAAAAAUGGACCAUCACGGAUGGGUCAACGUCCAUUAUCCUGACAUCGAGUGGGAGUUCAAUCAGUUGUUUUUGGGAUGGGGGUUCAACCAGUUCCAAGCAUGGGCCCGGACAACAAUCAUCGUCCCUAAUAUCAAACUUGGCGAAGGAGAUACCAGCAGCGACGGAUUAGUAUCCAUCACGAUCCAGUUAGAGAAUGUCGGUGAUUUCUAUGUGGACGAUGAACGACUCUCGGGAGACUGGUACGGCUAUGGACUCACCCGACACACUCUAAGACUCCAGCCUGGUUCGAAACACACUCUAUCGGUACGCGUCGUCCAUGAAGUCCGUAUCUUUGGAGGCGUCAUCCUACCACCUCCAUCCAAAUUCAAGUGCGAGGUGAGGUUGCCGUUCCCUUAUGGACACGAGGGAUCUCGUGGAUCGUACCAGCCUAUGGCUCAGGUUGUGAAGGAAGGAACUGGAGGAAUCAUUGUCAUGGAUGCUGUAGAUGGAGUUCUUGCAGGAGAAUACAUUAGUGUGGCACUCCGGAACGUCGGCGGGCAGUCUGUUGUUGUAAAGUCUGUCAAGCUUCUCCGCGGAUCUCGGGUCUUUGAAGCACAACUCGCAAAUCAGGACAAGGACGGCAUACGUAUCUUUCCCUCGACUCACCGUCCAAUUGCUAUUAGACUCAGGAGACUCUCUGGGUCUAGAGCUGCGGGGGAUGAGUACCGUGGUGAAGAGUUCACCCUGAGGUUUGAGGUGGAAACAUUGUUGCCCGACCAACCGGGAGAAGGACCUAUCGGAUAUUUGACGACAGAGGCGCUUCCUAUCGCGCAGCGUAAAUGGGGUGAACCCUACAUAUAUACCUUCCGAGACUUUGACGGUACCGUCCACUAUGCUGCCGCUAUCCCUCCAAGCAACCCCGAGUCUCAACCCUCCAGUUCCGCCCCUGUCCUCGUUGCCCUUCAUGGUGCAGGUGUCGAAACUGCUCAGUCGCCGUUCUGGCUGACAGAAUAUACUCAGAGGGAACGAACUUGGAUCGUGCUGCCUACAGGACGUUCGCCAUGGGGCUAUGACUGGCACGGAGCGAGUAUCAAGAACGUCAUGAAUGCGAUCGACAGUUUGGCCGCUCACUUGCCAGGAGUUCCAGAGCACUUGAAGGGUCUCCCAGGAAUUAAACCGGACCCCAACAGAUUGUUCAUGGCUGGACACAGCAAUGGUGGACAAGGUGCUUGGUAUUUGGCGACGCACUUUCCGGAUAAGGCGAUUGCAGCCACACCUGCGGCUGGCUAUGUCAACAUCAAGCAUUACGUCCCCUUCUCGGGCUGGCUGAGCAAUUCCUACACGGACGCACAUCUGCGAGGAAUAUUAGAGUCGUCGAUCAUCGAAUUUGACAACGAUGUGCACAUGUCGAAUACCGUGGGAAUUCCUAUCUUGGCGAGGACGGGAAGUGUGGACGACAACGUUCCUCCAUUCCAUUCCAGGAAGAUGGUCCGGUUAGGACAAGAAAACGCACACAACACCUCUGCGAUUCGGUUGUCAGAGGUUCCGGGCCAGGGCCAUUGGUUCACGGGCGUAUUACAGGAUGCUGUCAUGACCAUUUUCUUGCAAACGCACUUGCACGACACCAUUGUCACAUUGGCAGAUGAAAACCCGACACGCGAGGAAGUGAAGACAGUCGUCCGUCCAUCCUUCCCUGACACUUGUGUGAUCACGGUUGUCAACCCUGCUGGCAUGGGAUCGAAAUGCGGGAUUCAAGUAGAGCAGCUCCGCAUUCCCUACCGGAAAGGAACCAUGAAGCUAGAGAUUGUGAAGCGUGACCAUGGAGGGGAGCUGCCGACUUGGAUUAUAGCGACGAUCAACAUCCGCCGCUUUGCAUUCUCAGACUUGUAUUUGGAGCUUCAGCAACAACAACCUCGGGAGCGUAUCGGGAAGUUGGUGAUAGACGGAACUUCCUUUGAUAUGACUGAGAGAGUCAUGUCUGGAUCUGGUUCCUUUGUCCGCGAGGAAAGACGGUCGUCCAAGAAGGGACAGCUUUGGAAGAUUGCUGGAAAUGACGGAUGGAAGCAACAUGAGAGGCAUCGAGAGACAUACGGACCUGCGAUCCAGGUCUUGGAAAAGCGUGUCGUGAUUGUCCUCGGAACUCACUUCGACGGCGCACACUUUGUGAGGACAGCCGACAGGGUCGCCAAAUUGGUGGCGCAUGAUAUUUAUCAGUACGGACGCGGUGACGUCGAGGUCCUUACGGACAACGAGUUCCUUGACAAAUAUGGAGAGGUCACUUCGGGCAUGAAGGAGGAGGGCGAGAGGGUGAAUCUUGUCCUUAUUGGAGCUGGACACCAGAACAGUGCCACCCGCCUUGUUCUUGGAGGUUCAGAAGUUACAAUUGACACAGAGGAGGGCACUGUCUCCAUCCACCCCACCAACCAAGACUUCCAUCAACCAGGCACAGGUCUCUUAAUGAUCCGCCCCUCGGGACCGUCCAAUCUAGCGAUGGUGAUUGCAGGACUCGACCCUCAAGGACUGGAAACUGCUGCCAGACUGUUCCCUAAGCGAACCGGCAUGCUGGUGCCUGACUGGAUUAUUACAGGACCUGAGAUGGCGUGGAAGGGCGCAGGCGGGAUCCUUGCUGCUGGGUAA